CGGCCAAAGGCUGCGAAACAACCAAAUAGAAAACCAGUGUUCGAGAUUCUUUUUGGACAACAAAGAAUAYAAUUUGAGAUAAUGUGGUCGACGUGGACGGAAAAGGCAAAGGAGGCGCUAGAGAAAACCAGUGCCGCAUUGGAGAAUACUGGAGAAGCGAUCACCCAAGCAGCUACGAAAAGUAUUUCAAAAGCCACUGCUGAUGCAAAGUCAGAAGAUGGAACUUCCCUUGAAAGGCAAGUCGAAGAUUUGCAGAAAGAGGUUCAAAAAGAUUCAACCUCAACUGCGCCCUCUCCCAUGAUAGCUCUGCCCAAUAUUCGCCAAGUCGAUAAGGAAAAAAUGAUUAAUUUGUGGUCGACGGUCGUAGAAACUACGAAGAAGGCUGCCGAAGAGACGAAACGAGCGGCAGAAGAUGCAGUUGUGGCAACAAAGGAUGCGGUCGAAACAUCGAGAUCAACUUUGGAGCGUCAAUUCCAGGUGAAAAAGGGGUUUUACAAGCGUGACCCAAAACUUCCGCUUGACGUUGAGGCCUUGCGUGAUGCGGAAGUUGUCUACAUCACCGACCGCAUUAUCACAAUGUCGCAUCCGGCGACUGCAAGUAAGAAGAUUCCAGCAAUUACUGCAGAGCGAAAACUUGCAGCCAUCGGACACCUUCUUGAUCGCCGUCACGACGGUAGAUAUUUGUGCUGGAAUUUGUCAGAAGUAGAUUAUGAUGUGAGCAUCCUGAAUGACCAAGUUUUGACGUUUUCUUUUCCUGGAUCUCCAAGCCCACCGCUUGGCUUGUUAUUGAAAUUGCUCGUUUCAAUGGAGAACUGGAUGAAGGCUGACGAAAGAAACGUUGCGGUUGUUCACUGUCUAACCGGCAAGGGCCGGACUUCGACAAUCCUCGCCGCCUUUCUUUGUUGGAUGGGCGAGGCUGGUAAGUAGAGUUUUGUAUCAAUCACRAGGGCUGGGUCAAUCAUGAGGUCUACGAUAGACUCUUCAAUGUAUUUCUGUUUGYCAUCGACYAGGAAUCCGAACUCGAGGAUACAUUAUUCUCAUGUUCUUCCAUACCCAUUUCCCCCCUCUGCACYGGCAACCAAUAGGGUUUGGUGAYGUGAAUGAAGCGCUCGCRUACAUCGCAAAAUGCAAGCAACUGCGGCCAGACGAUCUCACUAUUCCAUCGCAAAGGAGAUACGCAUCUUACUUCAAGAACAUGUUAGACAGCGUCCGACCGUCACAAACACCUCUGAUGCUCAAGCGAAUUAUCAUGAGUGAGGCUCCGAAAGUAAGUGAAACUCAUGUGCUGUUUUCUCUGCAUUUCUAUCGUUUUGCGACAUCGUGCUUCAAAUCUGAGCUAUUAACGAUCCAUCAUGAUUUUUCAUUUAUGUUAGUUUGCAAAGGGGCCAUUAAAAGACAAAGUCCAAGUUGAAAAGAACGAUGCAAACGAAACCUCACAAGUCGAUGACAAGCAGCUCAUGGGAUGUGCUCCUUAUCUUCAAAUUUUCAAAGCUGGAAAACUUCUACACACUUCAGCUGCUUCUCUUCAUGUUCAGCAAUCAGAGGAAGAAUUACCUUUCGUCCAAGUCAUAGAUGGAACGGUUCCAUUUAAUAUCGACCAGAUCAUUCAUGGAGACAUUCUCAUUCGAUGUCGCCAUUUAACUUUUGGAAAGAAACGAGUAUCAAUGUUUCGAGCGGCCUUCCAYACUGGCUAUGUUCCACCUAAUGUGCUACGACUUACAAAAUCCCAACUCGACGGGGCAUGCCACGACAAAAGAUAUCCCGAUGAUUUUUUCCUCGACCUUAUUUUCGAAAAGGUCGACGCCGAUGCAYUGGCAAGAUUUGAGGAAGAGAAAAAAGCAAAUGAAACAAAAAAUAYAGGUGAUACAGACGAUGAGAAGAGGAAGAAAAUAAAUGGCCCAGUUAUCGAAGCCUCAGAAGUGGACUCCAUGCUCAAAGGAGAUUCCAGAUUUUGGGAUGUGAUUUCAUCAAAGAAACAAGAGCACGUGAAACAAGCGAAUGACGAUGCCUUUUGGGGCCCAACAGUUGGAAGGAGAAGAGGCGAUGCGAAGAAAAAAGAAACGGCGAACGACGACGACAAAAAAACUGACGCUACMACAGCUAAAGGACGUACCCAACUUGAAACUUUUAGUAUUGGAAACGAAUUCGACUUUUUACCUGUCGGAGAAUGCGCMAAAACGGAAAAUAAGCCUAAAGAAAGAGACUCUUUAAUGGAUGCACUGAAUGCUUUGGACGAAGAGGAAGGGCACAAUGUAAACUCUACCGAAGAAAUUGUUUUCGAUUACGUCGACUCUUCUGUAAGUCCAGCUUCGAACCCACCGAAAUCAGUUUUCGAGGAUGAAACGAAUUCURCGAUUGGUGAUGCUGCCAAGGAUCAGAUAAAAAACGAGAAUGCGGAAAGUGGAGGUCCUACAAKAGAGAGAGCCGAAGAUUCUGUGCCUGUUGAGGACCUUUUGAACAGUGAGGAUGAUAUGGAUGCACUCUUGGCAUCCGCAGAUAUGGACUUUGGUGAUCUGGACCUCGCCGAUUUUGAAGAUGACAACGACUUKGAUGAUUUAGAAAACAUGUUGAAGGCAUAGCACAAGGAGCACGAUUUAUUAAUCUCAUAGUAACUGCAUACAUUUUACCCAAUUUCAAACAUGAACCUGACGAGUGAGACCAAACGCCUCCCGAUAGGAUGUUGUCGUUUSGACACCUGCUACCAGAUCAGUGUUUACUGCAGUAAAAACAAGAGAGAAAAUAGGAAUAUUGAACCAUAUUAGUCUCUUUGUCAAACUGAAGCCAAUUUCAUCGAUUGUACCAAGAGUGCUUCAGAAUAUAUGAUUCUGUGAGUC